UUCCAGCGGUUCUGUACUAGUUUUAGCCGAAAAAGUAACAACCCUCAGUCACAGUGUAACGCGGACUUGCUACCAUUACUACUUGAAGUUAAUAUUUUACCAAGAACCGAACCUCCGUCAGGGCGAUUCGCUGCCCCCGACGUGAAACGCUAGCCGACACACCUGUGACAUAGACAUUCGUCCACACGAUUAAACAUGUUGAAUUGACUACCAAAGCACGCCACCUGACAGAGUACUUGCACCGCAGAUAAGGCCUCAGUCACUGGGCGUGACCUAUCAGCUAUCCAAAGUUCAGGUUAAUGUGAAACUCCUCAGGGCAGCCAAUUUUUUCGUCUUUUUAAAAAACAACAACUCUCGAACAGGACGGCACAGUUUUUGGACUAGGCUGAAUCAUGCAGAUCAACUUUCGGAUGAUCCUCCUUGUUUACUUGGUAGGCACACUUCACUGCUCCAGCUGUUUUCGUAGCAAAGCCAGUAUUCCAAGGAUUGCCAAAUAUUUUGGUACCAAAGGUCGGUAUGAAGACGUAAACCCUCAUCUUUUAGAGGACAUACUGGCCGUCAACACAUCCAUCCUGCAGCCUCCAUUUUCACAAUGCCGUCCCAUUCAUCUGACUGCUAUUAUAAGACACGGCACGAGAUACCCGACGAGAGCGAUCUUCAAGCACAUGCAAGACAUGUACAACAUGGUAAAAAGUGCCACGCCUGACAAAGAGAACUGGGUAUGCGAGAUCCAGACCCAGUGGAAGAUGUGGUAUUCUGAUGACAUGGACGGUCGGUUAGCCCGGAAAGGCGUGGAUGAUCACAAACAUCUGGCGGUCAGGCUGUCCAAGCUGUUCCCCACGCUGCUUUCUGAGGAGAAUCUUCGAGGAGGACUUGUGAAGUUUAUAAGCAGCUCUAAGCACAGGUGCCUCAACAGCACUUUGUCCUUCAUGGCGGGACUGACAGAGCAGUGGGGUAUUCAAGAUCAGACAUUUGACUACGAGGUGAACGACGCUCUCAUGAAGUAUUUUGUCCACUGCACCAAGUUUGUGGAGGAUGUUAUCGGGAACCCCUCAGCCCUGUCGCAAGUUGACAAAUUCAAAGAGGGACCGGAGAUGAAGUCAGUCCGGGAGAAGAUUGCCAACCAACUCCGAGUCCCCUACAAGAACAUCACAGCUGACAUGGCUGAUGCUGCAAUGAACUUGUGCGCCUAUGAGUUGGCCAUCAAGACCGUCAACUCUCCCUGGUGUCAGAGCUUGGAUGAGGUUGACGCUAAGAUAGUGGAGUAUGCGAAUGACCUGAGGCAAUUCUGGAAGAGAGGCUACGGUCACGAUAUUAACAGCAAGUCCAGCUGCAUUCUUUUCCAUGAUGUCUUCAGUCGUCUGGACAAAGCGGCCAAUGAAAACACGUCCGGCCAGCAGGUGACCGAAGCAGUGACGAUCCAAGUAGGCCACGGAGAGACCCUCCUUCCGCUGUACACUCUCAUGGGUUUCUUCAAGGAUGACGAACCCCUGACGUCAUCAAACUACGCAUCGCAACACCAACGCUCUUUCCGUCCCAGCCUCGUGCUACCGUAUGCGGCGAACCUGCUACUCGCGCUGUAUGACUGCGGAGAAGGAAACUUGAGGUUGCAGCCACUGAUUAAUGAGAAACCAGUGAGCUUCCCAGGUUUGACCGAGAGUCAGCGGGCACCCAUGCCGCUGUAUGAAGACGUAAAAAAACACUACAAGGAACUGAUCCAAGGGUGUGACUUUGAGACGGAGUGUGAACUGUUCAAUAGACGUGAUCAAGUUUUAAUUAAAGAGGCCUUGUAGAAUUAA